AUGCUCGGUCACACUUUCAUUGCAUUUAGUUUGACCAUUGCUCUUACCACCGGGUUACCAAAUGAAAGCAUCAAACGAAGUGCGGAGUUGAAAAAAGAAGAAUGUGAGAGAAAAUUUCCGGAGUGUCAGUCCAUAUAUGAAAUCGAUGAGAUACCGAGAGAAAAUCGCGUACCUACUGCUGUUCGUCACGAAUCCAAAGACUCGUUUACCUUGUGUGAAAUACUUUUGAAGCGAUGUGAGUCCGAAGACAAAUCGCAGGGAGUGCAAAGACGGAGUCUAAGGAUGUUACGAUUGGGUUGA